GAUUCAUAAUAGUUUGAGUGUCCCCGCCCUUCUUCCCGUACAGAGUCUUUCAAACUCAGCUGUCUUAAACGACAUUGGCGCGGUACUCUGAUAUGAAUAGAUCAGAUCAAUCGACUGUUCCGGCUAAUCACGAAUCGAAGGGGAAUGGGAGAAAGCUUUUAGUUCGCCUUCAUUCCAUAGCUACUUAGUACCUCGGAUCCCUUCUCCUUUGAGAACUACCACUACCACUAAAGACUGUUGGAUCACUCAUCAAUGUCAUCAGCUUCAAAUGAUGGCUUUGGGGAAGCCUUGGAUGACACUGACACCGAGAGGAAAAGGGUUCUUGAUGGCCGGCCUACGAGGUUCGGAACUAAACUCCCUCUGAUCUUUGCCAUUCACCCGCUGACUUGAAGUUCCGUGCUUGCUUCUUUCAUAAAGUAAUCUAGUCUGUCUUUAACAAAGUCAAGGUCAAGCGAUUAUCUCUCUUCAAAUGGCGUUUCCCAAUGCAUGCCGUUAGACCUCAUAGAGAAAUAGCUUAGAUAAUCUCCAGCUCGUGCAUCUUUUCCAUAGGGUGAAUUUCUGGAUAUCAAGGCUGGGAACUUCCCUUCUUCAGACGAGUGCCCGCUUGUCUCUGUUGCUUUUGCGCCAGCUGUCUUUCAAGGUUCAUUGAGUCAGCUCGGGAGCUAGGUUCAGAUUAGGAGACCAGUAGUACAAGAUCCUUGCUUCUUUUGUUCUCUUUCCUCGGGCAUGAACUCUGAGGUCAAUCAGAUCUGCUUUGAGUGCGCUUUCCUUUUUCUCUCUUUUUCUUGCUGCUGUUCGAUUGCUUUUUGUUCAUUCUUAUUGUUUUCUCUCUUGAAAAAACUUUGUUUGGCUGG